AUGCUGAAAUCUACGGCCAUUUCAACAUCCGCAUCAUCAACACCUGAUUUGCCAACUAGUGAUCUGGCAAAUGAGCUAAAACUAUUGCGCCAAGACAUCAAAGAAAUGCGUAAUGAUAUGCAAGAGUUCAGGGGAACGAUGACCAACCUGCUUACCGCAAUAAAUGCGUGCAAUCAGCGACUUGACUGCCUGGAGGCACGAAUGGAGGUGGUGGAUAAAAAUUCGCAGAUAAAGACGUCCAAUGACAUAUCAUUUUUCGAGAAAACAAUUACGGAUCUCAAAAUUGAUCUUAAUGACCGUGACCAGGAACUCUUAGGCAAUGAUAUCGAGGUCUCGGGAAUACCCGAAGACAAAAAUGAACGUUCUACACAUAUUGUUUUGGCAGUUGCAACUAAAUUAGGUGUAGCGCUAGAAGAUCGCGAUAUAGUAAGUGCAGAGCGUGCAGGCCUUUUGCGGCGUGAGCAGAAUGAGACAUCUAGGCCGCGUCCCAUCGUAGUGCAGCUGGCACUCCUUGUCCAUCGCGAUAGUCUGCUAGCAGUGGCGCGAGUCCGUCGAGGCUGCACUACAGUUGGUCUGGGACUCAAUUCCGUCGACUGUCCCUUCUAUGUGAAUGAAAGGCUAACCAGACAUAAUCGUCAACCAUUUUAUAAAGUACGUACAGAAGCGAAACGCAAUAAUUGGAAGUAUGUCUGGACACGGCAAGGUAAAGUUUUUGCUAGAAGAGAAAACGGUGAGCCCCAUCAUCGAGUGCGCUUUGAAAGCGACUUAAUUAAAGUUUUUGGGCAAUAG